AUGAUCCGUUGGGCCGCAGACCGCGAGGUGGACCGCCUGCUGCGGUCGAGGCUGGUGCGCUGCGACCUCGCGGCGCUGAUGUCGUCCAGCCUGCUGCAGCAGUGCGGCGCCCGGCCUGCCGACGGCGGCGCCGCGGAGGAGGAGGAGACCGAACGGAGGCAGUUCGAGUGGAGGUUCUGGUCGGAGGCCACCGCCGCGCUCGGGCGAGCCUUGUUCGGCGACUCCCCCGCGCAGCGGGACGCGGUGGGGCACUUCUGCGCGGCCGCGCAGGAGGUGUUCCAGCGCUACGGGGGGGACCUUCGAAGACUUGCAGUUGGCCUUCAACUCCGUGCUCGGGGUCCUGCUGCCGAGCACGGUCUGCGACAGCCUCUUCCUGGCCUUCACGGGCGCGGGCACCGGCGGCGCCCUGCGGCAGCCCUGGGCCAAGCACGCCACUCUGCACAG